CAUGAAUAUUAAUUACGCACCGUGACGCAGGUCUACCUGAUUUGCUGACGGAGUGGCGUAGAACGUUAGUGAACCUGCGAACCAACUGCGUUGAAAGGCUUGGCUCACUGAUAUCAAUUCGUGACACGACUAGACGGUCCAGGAAGGUUACCAACCCACGUCAACAUGACCUUAUAAAUAUUUAUGAGCGCAGCCUCCGCCAUAGUACGCCUAGUAAUUACGCGACCCUCCCACACUCUCGUUCUCCGUUCAUCAGCGGCUGUCCUCAGCAUCCCCUCAGUGAUGAUGGCGUGUGGAUGCUGCGGAUGCGUCGGUGCCUGGGGCCUAACCCACCGGUUACCGGGAAACCCGAGAGACGAGGACGCGAGGGGCUGGGCAGGAUGAGACCGGUUACCGGAUCACUGCUGCUGUAUCUCAUGUCAGUGUGUUUGCUCGCGUGAAACCGAGGAAUGAAGUGCUGCAACCAUGAUGCAAGGACUGAAAAAGCGUACCCGAAAGGCCUUCGGGAUACGGAAGAAAGAAAAGGACAGUGACUCCACUGGAUCCCCAGACAAAGACAAAUCUAAAAAAGCCAAUGGUGCACCUAAUGGUUUCUACGGUGAGAUCGACUGGGAUCGAUAUAACUCUCCUGAUGUGGAUGAUGAGGGUUACAGCGUUAAACCCGGAGAACAAGGGGGAACCGCUCCAAAAGUCAAUACGUUGCUCUCCUCCAGUGAGUCAGAGGGAGAGGAGGAGCAUGGGAAGAAAUUUAAGAUCAAGAUCAAGCCGUUGACAGCAAACAGUGGAAACUGCACAGUGUCUACUAUGGAUGAGCUAAAGGCCUCAGUGGGGACGCUGGCCAUCUCUCCUUCUCCUCUGAGAAAGAGUCCGAAGCGAAGUCCAUGCCCGAUGAAGCGAAACCUGUCAAAUGAGGAGAUUGCCAGACCACGACGAUCUACUCCAACACCCACGACAACCCCAGGUCCUGGUUCUGACCCUCCCAGAGAAAACACAAGAGCGUUCUUCGGCCCACCGUUCGAGACCAGUUUUGAAGCACACAACUCAGAAGUGUUCCUGGUUGAGCCGGAGCUCUGGUGUCAGUCCACUUCUCUCUCCACCUGUGUUCUCAGCAGAUCUCUGCCCACUGGAGCUCCGCCUCCACUUCCUCCAAAGAACAUUCCUGUCACCCCACCUGGACGCAGUUUUAGCUCUGUAGAGUCCUCCGGUUAUUAUAGUGUGGUUCCUAGCGUCAGAGGCUAUGGCUCAGCUUCAGUCUGUCAGGAUGCCCCAUUAUCUGACCCGUCCGGAGGGGCAUCUAUGCCUGACUUGGACAGUGUUUUUGGGCCUGUUGAGACGCCCAGGUCUGGAUCAGAUGUGGUGCAAUGGAGCUGGGUGAGCUUCAGCGAAGGCUCUCCUGCCCGACCCCCUCCCCCAGACGAACCCGCCCCUUCUCCACCUCUGUCCUCUUCCCCUGCGGACUCGCCCCCGACCUCGCCCCUCAACCUGCCCCCUCCCCCUCUCCACUCCAUCCCGCCUCCAGAUUCACCUCCACCACCACCGCCCUUAGACUCUCCUCUGAGUCCUCCAGACCUCCCCCACUGCUUUCAGCUCCCAGAGUCCGAGUUCACCCAAGAGUCCCCCAUCACCCCUGCCAGCCCUGGACUGCCCUUCCUGCCAGCAGACCACCCCCCACAUGGAGCCACACCUUCCCCUCUUGCCUUGAGAGAUGACAGCAGGAGAACCCCUGACCUUGUGGGCAUGAGGGAUGAGAUUUCAGUGUUUGGCACAUCACCCAAAGACCUCACAGCAGGAAGCUUCAGAGGAACCCCACCUCCACUGCCACCUCCUACUUACAGGAGUGUGGUGAGCUCCCCUGGGCCUGGCAGUGGGCCGUCCUCUCCCGCACGUGCCGGCACUCCCCUGUCUGCUGGCAGUCCAAUCCCACCUUUACCACCAAGACCAUCAUCACGACCUAAACUACCACCUGGAAAACCAAACCUAGCAGAUCUGGCCCGACCCUUCAGCCCCCCCAUCCACUCAUGGAGUCCUCCACCCUUCGCUCCUCUGGCCAGAGCUGAGAGCACCUCUUCCAUCUCCUCCGUCACCUCUCUGAGCGCAGCCUCCACACCUACACUAGGCCGAGAGCUCAACCUCUCUGUGUCAGUGUGUUCCAGAGGUCCGAGUCCUCUCACAAUGGGACCCCAGGACACUCUACCAGUGGCAGCCGCCUUUACAGAAACCAUCAGCGCCUACUUUAAAGGAGCAGAUCCCACUAAGUGUUUGGUGAAGAUCGCUGGUGAGAUGGUGCUGUCUUUCCCAGCAGGGAUCACCAGACACUUCUCCACCCAUCCCAGUCCACCAGUGCUGACCUUCACCAUCAGCCAGUACAGUCGGCUGGAGCAGGUCCUUCCCAACCCACAGCUUCUGUGCUGCGACACCACACCACCUACAGGUGAUUCGAAGGAGUUCUGGGUCAAUAUGUCAAACUUGUUGAGUCACCUGAAGAAAGUGGCUGAGCAGAGGCCACAGGCCACUUAUUACAACGUAGACAUGCUGAAGUACCAGGUGUUCACUCAAGGCAUCCAGUCCACUCCGCUGAACCUUGCGGUGAGCUGGCGUGGUGAUGCCAGCAGCACAGACCUCAGGAUAGACUAUAAAUACAACACAGAGGCCAUGCCCACACCCACACCGCUCACCAACAUCCACUUCAUAGCAGCUGUGGACGGCGGCGUGAACAAACUGCAGGCUAUGCUCCCACCUGCCACCUGGAACCCAGAGACGCAGAAAAUAACGUGGAAGAUCCCAGAGCUCUCACAGAGGUCUGAAAAUGGAGGGGUAGGCGCUCUUCUGGCUCGCUUCCAGUUAGCCGAGGGUCCCAGCAGACCUUCUCAGCUGGCAGUGCAGUUCACCAGUGAGGGCAGCACUCUGUCUGGCUGUGAUUUUCAACUCGCAGGUUCAGGCUACAGACUCUCCCUGGUUAAAAAAAGGUUUUCUGCAGGUAAAUAUCUGGCAGACAACUGACCCGGCCGCAGUGAUGUAGGAUGGACUGUGACUGGGAUGUUAGAAUGCUCUUUUGGCACUACAAAGACUUUCAAAAAAGUUUUUAUUGAAAUACAGCACUCAAAAUCUCACGUAUAAUGUCUGGUGUAGAAUAUCAUCAGUGCGUUCUGUGGGUGUGUGUAUGUGAAUAUUAGUAAAUAUUUUGUGUGUAUAUGAUAAAACUUCAGGACAAAUGCAAUACGUGGACUUUUUUCGCUGGAUUUUUUUCUUUUUCACUAUUGCACAUUCUCUCUCUGCCCCAAACCAAACACACCUAGUGAUAUUACAAUCUAAUGAUACCAGGGUUCACAUAUUGAACAAACCUGUCAGCAGUGUUUGGUUUUCUUUUAGUUAUGUUGACAGAUAAUAAAUAAUACGAUUUAACUACCAUGAGGUCUCUCCCAAACAAUGCUACAGAUUGUGAGAUUCAGUUUGUUAACAUUAGUUAUUGCAUUAGGUAUCACAAACUAACAAUAUUGUUACAGCCUUUUUAAUUCUAAGUUAAUGUUAAAUUCUGGAUGUACUGUACACUACUGUUUUUUUUAAAUAAAUUAAUAUUUAUUCAGCAAAGAUUAUAACAGUAAAGACAUUUAUAAUGUUACAAAAGAUUUCUUACAAACGUUACAAACAUUUCAAGUCAUAGAAAUUGACUUUAAUAAUGAGCAAAUAUGAAUUAGCUAUGCCAGUAAAUUUAUGAAUUAACAUUAACUUUAAGAUUAUCAAUGCUGUAGAAAUGUUGUUCAUUAUUGGUUUAUGAUGCAUAAAACCAAUGUUAGAGAAUUAACCCUUAUUGUAAAGUCUUACCAUGCUACAAUUAAAGACCAGUAAGAAAUGAUGAGAGAGAAAUACAGAGACAUGCUUUCACAGAAUAUUCUCCUCGGUAUCAUCUCAAAUGCCUCUUGUGUCAGUGUUAAUGUUGAUUUUAUGUUAUUGGUGAAUGCAUGUUAGAGUGCAUCACUUCUGUCUAGUUGGCCCGUAGCCCUUUGUUAAAUGAAGUGCUUAAACAUGGAUGUAACUGACAUUCAUAAUUCAUGCAAAAAGUGAUGCCUACUUUUUUUAUUUCUUUAAAUCAUUUAUUUAUAUAGACAUUUUAGGGAAAUGAAACUCCAUUUGUGUCAGGGAUGCAGAUUUCCUUAAAUCGAAAUAAAAUUAAGGAAUUGGUCAAAUAUAAACAGUUUUCCUUUUGGUUUUCCACUAUGUGGAUUUUAUUUUCCCAAAUCAUUGUACUGUAGCAAUAUUUAAAGAUAAUGUGUAAAAAUGUAAAAUAGGAAUUGUUAUACAUGUAUCCAAAUGGAUAUAGUUUCUGUGUCUUUCCUGUCAAGUUAUUGUUAGCAUUUACAUUUCAUGAUGGCACUUUAUUUUCAUUUAUUAAUUUGUUCAUGGAAUUUAUUUUAUGCCUAUUCUGUAAUGGAUUAUGAAUGCUCAGACUGUUUUUAUUGUUGAAAACGGGAAAGAAACCGCACUGACUAGUACAGAAGAACAUUUAUCACAUCCUUUCAUUUAUCACUUCCUUGUACUGUAUUGUGUUGAAAGUAAGGAAAUGUUCAUCUUUAUUCUCAAUGCUUUUUGUUUGCUGAGCUAUUUAGACUUUGUCACAAGACUUUUGUGAGACAAUUGUGAGAGUAUCCAUCCAUCCAAGUGUGCAGAUACUUCCAGUGUCUAAAAAAUAUCUCUAGUUAUAGAGAUAUAAUUUAGGAAUACACAUGACAUUCCUGGAUAAUAAUCCUGGUCAUGUGGUUAGGCUAACCUGGUUUUAGUUAAGUGUCACAUUAUUGCUGCCAUUCAUUAAAGGGUUAGUUCACCCAAAAAUGAAAAUUAUCCCAUAAAUUACUCACCCUCAAUGCAUCCUAGGUGUAUAUGACUUUCUUCUUUCAGACGAAU